UGUUGAUUUGAGUUGGCCUUCCCGUAGCCUUCCGCUCGUCCAUCCCGCCGCGUCUACCUAACCUUUCCCUCGCAAAGUGUUAAUCGUGGUCACGAAAUAGGCAUGUGAGUCGGCACUUCGUUCCGCCAGAAAAAGAAGUGAGGGCACAACUGUGAUAUGAAUAACUCCCAGUCAGUAUGUUACGCUACAAUCAAACGUGUUUGGGCGAUACAAGAUGACGAGAGCCACGCAGGGUAAACAUCGCAACAACUCACAAGAUGUCAUACCAGGCACAGGCGUGGAUGUAACGGACAGCAAAGCGCAGCGCGGUAGUACCCUUGCUACCCGAAAGUACCCAGCACAAUGUAUUCCACGUAGGGCUGAGGUGUUCUUUCUCCCAGAAAGGUGUCUUUGCUCAAAAUUGCCUGGUAAGACUCAGCUAUGAUACGUUUCCAGUGUUAAUGAUUAUUUGGCGGUAUCUGGAUAUAAAAGUUACAGACAGAAGAGUUACGAAUUCUCCCGAGAAGAUUUCCUAUAGCCUACCUCUAGGCACAUCAGCAAUCAUGCAUUUGGCCAUUCUCCAGUUCUUCAUGAUUCUGAUCCCGCUUCCCCUGGUGACGGCCCGCGCCCUCUCAACCCUCGCUACCCCGAUAACUCCCUCGGGAACUCCGCAAGCAUCCAACAACAAGGAGUCAACACAAAGCACAGCCUGCGCGCCAGCUCUGGCCCUAUCCCAAUGGGCAAGAUCUGGUGCUGUGAACGAGACAGAACGGGCUUACGACCUCCUUUCCGCGUCGGCAAUGCUGGGAAUUUGGUGUCAAUAUAACAGUUUUACUUCUAUUUUGGGGCUAAGGGACGCUUGGAAUGACAGUUCAAAACUGUACUCCACUUCCCAAAAUCUCGAGCACUUAUCCCUCCUGCCGCGCUCCAAAGCCUCCUGGACCUUUGGCAGCGUCAAAGCUUACGUGUGCAAUUACUCCGAGGGGGUGCCGACAACGUGUGAUAUCACCGAGCUGGAGGCUGCCAAAGAGAUAAUCCAGGUUGCUUGCGGUAGUAAGCUCAACGUCAAUGGAGAUCCUGUACCUAAGGGCGGACUGGAGAGGUACAGCGCGUACAGCGCGGUUGGUGGGGUGUGGAAGAGCUGGGAUGAAGAGAAAGAGUACGGGUUCAUGGAUGCUAGUGACGAUAGGGAGUGGUGUGAGGGUAUUGUGGGCGGCCAGGUUCUACCUAUCAGUGGGAACUGA